UGUUUGACGUCAGACAACUGCAAACAAAUGACCCCAUAAAAAGACUGAACCUGUCCGGGGGGAAAAAAGAAAAGCUCCCGGCGCACAGCACAGCCGCAGAGGUCUACAGAGCGCCACCACGACUCCGUCACUUCAGCAUCACCUUGACAUCGAACAGAGAAAAGACUUCUGAAGAUGCCACUUUCAAGCAGCUCCACGUCCUCCACGAAGAGCAUCCGCAGAGCAGCGUCCGAGCUGGAGAGGUCGGACUCCAUCACCUCUCCCAGAUUCGUCGGCAGGCGUCAGAGCUUGAUCGAGGACGCGCGCAAGGAGCGCGAAGCCGCCGCUGCGGCGGCAGAGGCGGCGGAGGCCAGCGAACAGAUCGUGUUCGAGGAGGACGACGGAAAAGCGCUGCUCAACAUCUUCUUCACUUUAAGAGGCAUGAAGGCACCCGCACUGUCGCGGACUCUCAAAGUUUUCGAGACGUUCGAAGCGAAGAUUCACCAUUUGGAGACGCGACCAUGCCGGAAGCUCAAGGACAACCUGGAAGGCCUGGAGUACUUCGUCCGCUGCGAGGUGCACCUGUCGGACGUCAGCACUCUGAUCGGAUCCAUCAAAAGGAACACAGAGGAUGUUAAAACCACCAAAGAAGUCAAAUUUCACUGGUUCCCAAAGAAAAUAGCAGACUUGGACAAAUGUCAUCAUCUGGUCACUAAAUUUGAUCCAGACUUGGAUCAAGACCAUCCUGGCUUCACAGACCCCGUCUACAGACAGAGGAGGAAAAUGAUCGGAGACAUCGCCUUCAGAUACAGACACUGGGAGCCGAUUCCCAGGGUGGAGUACACAGAGGAGGAGAUCAGCACAUGGAGGGAAGUCUACUCAACGCUGAGGGACUUGUACGUCACCCACGCCUGCACCGAAUACCUCGAGGCCUUCCGCCUGCUGGAAAGGCAUUGUGGGUACAGUCCAGACAACAUUCCCCAGCUGGAGGACGUGUCACGCUUCCUCAAAGAGCGUACGGGCUUCACGCUGCGUCCGGUGGCCGGUCUGCUCUCGGCCAGAGACUUCCUGGCCAGUCUGGCGUUCCGGGUGUUCCAGUGCACCCAGUACAUCCGCCACGCCUCCUCCCCGAUGCACUCCCCCGAACCUGACUGCGUCCAUGAGCUGCUGGGCCACGUCCCGAUGCUGGCCAACCGCACCUUCGCCCAGUUUUCACAGAACCUCGGUCUGGCUUCACUUGGGGCUUCGGAGGAAGAUAUUGAGAAACUGUCCACAUUAUACUGGUUCACUGUGGAGUACGGCUUGUGUAAGCAGAACGGUGAGGUGAGGGCUUACGGCGCUGGACUGCUCUCCUCUUACGGAGAGCUUGUGCACUCGCUGUCCGACGAGCCAGAGACGAGAGAGUUCGAUCCCGAGGCCGCGGCGGUGCAGCCCUACCAGGACCAGACGUACCAGCCCGUCUACUUCAUUUCUGAGAGUUUUUCAGAUGCCAAGGAGAAGUUCAGGACGUACGUGGCCGGCAUCAAGCGUCCCUUCUCGGUGAGGUUCGACCCGUACACCAGCAGCGUGGAGGUUCUGGACAACCCGCUGAAGGUCCAGGGAGGCCUGGAGGGGGUGAAGGACGAGCUGAAGAUGCUGACAGAUGCUCUCGGUGUUUUGUCAUGAUGAUUCCCCUGCCACCUCCUCCCAGCUGGUGUCUCAAACCCUGGUGUCUGUUUGCUUCCCUCUCCUGCGACGUCGCCGACCAACGUGUUCAUCUCCUCUGUGCUGUUCCUCCCGUUUCCCCAAAGUUUCCAAAGAUGUCCAACGCCUCGCUGGGGUUUUUGGAUCCAUUCGUGAAAUGAUGGGGGCGGAUUUUUUGCUGCUUUUAAAGGAAAAACGUGUAGUUCAGUGUUCAAAGCUUUAUUUUCCAGAUAUGUGACUUAAGUAUUUUGAGUAUUAACUCUCAGUUUUGCUCAAUUUGUUUUGUCCGGCAGUGUAAAUGAAUUAUAUAAAAGAAAUGAUAAUAAAACACACUCUCCAUGUAAUGUAUCGCUGAUUACUGCUUGAGAAAACAGAAUCUGUCAGAUAAUAAAGAAUCGCACAUUAAG